AUGCUUUUCGCACUGCCCGGGCACGUGGGCGGAGAGAUGGAGGAAGCAAGAGAGUUCAUUGCGCACCGCUUCUGUGCUUUUGCACUCAAGACGCUGAAUGAAGACAUGGACCCGCUCUUUGAGAAGUUUCUGUCCAUUUUCGACCAGGAUGCCAAGGAGUUCCUGCAGCAAGGUGAGACACAUGAGCAGUACGCUGCCUACCUCGAAUACACGGCAACACUUGAAGAGCAUGCAUCGAACUUCGCUCUGCAAGAAGGGUACAGCCCUGGUGAUGCGGGUACUUUUCUGAAGCAGCUGCAGCGCGCGAUUGAAGAAGACAAGGUCCAUGCGGAAAAACAGGUGGAGGCUUUCCUGGUGCACAUGGAGAAGCAAAGGCGCCUGAAGCUGGGACCUGACGCGCCUCCGAUGGAACAAGGCGAAGUUGAGCUAAUGAAAGCGCUGUUCAGACCACAGACCGUCGAGGACAUGAUGGAGAUGCUUUUACACAUGACCGAGUACACCUCCUUCAGCAGCCUGAUGCGCGCAAAGGUGCAGCAGAAGAAGUUCAUCAGGGAGAUGGAACGCCGCAAAAAGGAGCUGAUGAUGGGCGAAACGGGUCUGGCGCAUCGCUUCAUUCAUUUUGCCAUGAAGCUCUUGAAUGAUGACCUGCAUGAGUUUUACACCCGUUGGAUGCCUGUGUUUGCUCAGGAGGCAGAAAAUCUGCAGAACCAGGGCCACACCCACGAGCAGUAUGCGGCCUUCGAAGAGUACACAUCUGUUAUAGAGACACGCCUCCUUGAUUUCUGCGCACAGGAAGGCUUUGAGCAGGAUGCGCGGGGCUUGUUUGAUGAGCUUCAGCGGGUGUUGCAGAAGGACCAGGAGCAGGUGGAUGCCCAGCUGAAGAGGGUGCUGGCGGAGGUUGAACAGAGGAAGGAGCAGAUGAGGGCAAGAGCUACGGAGGAGGCCGAUGCAGAGAAGCCGCUGAUCCUCAUUUGCAAGCCGGCUGCGCUCGGGGAUCUAAUGCAUUCGCUGAUCCAACAGACAGAGUACCAGAACUUCAGCGCAUCCAUGCGAUUCCGCGUAGAGCAGGACCGGAUGAUGAGGAUGCUGCUGGCGGGACUGCAAGAGGAGUCGGCAGUGCAAGGGGCAUUGCCAGCCCCUGAUGCCGAUUUGGAGGUCGUGGAUGUUGAGAUCGAUGACAGCAGAGUUCCGGCAGCAGUGCCAUGCAUUGGAACUAUGACCGUCACAGUUCCUGAGGGCUGCGAGGCCGGAUCGCAGCUCAGCUUGACCGCCCCUGACGGGCAGCAGGUUUGUGUGACUAUUCCUGGUGGCCUUUCGCCUGGGAUGUCCUUCGAGGUUCCAUGUCGUUCCGGAGGCUACGGAGGAGGUUACUCUGCCCCGGCAGUUCCAGCUCCAGGAUACGCGAGAUGA